GUUGCAUUUCAUUUCCAUCACUUUAUCGUUAAGACAGAGAGCAAAGAAAAAAGGUGGGUAACUAACCAGUAACCAUGGCAGUAUUAACAGAGAUAGAGGAAGAUGAACUCGACGAAGAACCAGGUGAAGUAAUCGAAUCGGCACCGCCGCAAAAGAUUGGCGAAGAGAGAAAACUCACUACUAAUUCACCCAUCAAAAAGAAGCUCCUUAAACGCGGUCUCGGUUGGGAAACCCCCAAUUUCAACGAUCAUGUUACUGUUCAUUAUGCUGGAACUUUGCUUGAUGGAAGAAAAUUGGGUUCCACAAGGGUUUCGGAUUCUCCUGUGACAUUUACACUUGGCCAAAGUGAAGUGUAUGCUGGAUUAGAUGAUGGGAUUGUCACCAUGAAGAAGGGAGAGGUGGCAUUGUUUACAUUACCUGCUGCCGAGUCUGGAGGCAUUCCACGAGGCACCAACUCAGUUGUGCAGUUUGAAGUGGAACUCGUUUCUUGGAUCACAGUGGUGGAUGUUUGCAAAGAUGGUGGAAUUAUCAAGAAAAUUAUGGAGAAGGGGAAAGGGAAUGAUCGGCCCGGUGAUCUUGAUGAAGUUCUUGUGAAGUAUCAGGUGGCACUAGUUGAUGGCACCGUUGUUGCAGAAACACCGGAAGGAGGAGUUGAAUUCUAUGUGAAGGAUGGUCAUGUGCUUUCUAGAUUGCCGAAAGUGAUCAUGACUAUGACCAGGGGAGAGAAGGCUGAAUUAACUUUUCAACCUCAAUAUGCCUUUGGGGAUACGGGGAGAGAAGCUGGCAGCGGGUUCCAUUCAAUUCCCCCAGACUCAGUGCUGCAUGUUAAUAUUGAAUUGGUGUCCUUCAAGCCCGUCAUAAAUGUUACUGGUGACUCUAUGGUGAUUAAGAAAAUUUUGAAGGAAGGGGAGGGUGCUUUCACAGCCAACGAGGGUGCAAAUGUUACUGUCAGUUACACAGCUAUGCUAGAAGAUGGCACUGUAUUUGAGAAAAGAGGAAUUGGUGAAAUACAGCCCUUGAAAUUUGUAACUGAUGAGGAACAAGUGAUUACUGGUCUAGACCGAGCAGUGGCAACAAUGAAAAAGGGCGAGAAGGCCAUAGUUAGUAUACAUCCUGAUUAUGCAUUUGGAAAUGUGGAAGUGAGACAAAAUCUGGUUAUUGUGCCACCUGGCUCGAAAGUAGUCUAUGACAUUGAAAUGAUAGAUUUUAUUAAGGAGAAAGCACCAUGGGAGUUAACUAAUGCUGAGAAAAUUGAGGUAGCUGGGAGGAAGAAAGAAGAAGGAAAUUUAUUAUUUAAAAGUGGCAAAUAUCAGCGAGCUGCGAAAAAGUAUGAUAAGGCUGCUGAUUUUGUUAGCGAAGAUGGAUCCUUCGGUGAUGAUGAGCAAAAGCUAGCUAAGUCGUUGAGACUUUCAUGCUGGUUGAAUGGUGCAGCCUGUUGCCUUAAACUGAAUGACCUUACUGGAGCAAUCAAAUUUUGUACUCAGGUACUUGAUGUUGAGUUUCACAACGUGAAAGCUUUGUAUAGACGAGCGCAGGCAUAUAUAGAGACGGGAGACUUUCUUUUAGCAGAUGUAGACAUCAAGAAAGCUCUUGAGGUGGAUCCACAAAACAGGGAGGUAAAGGUGCUGAAAAUGAAAGUGAAGCAACUUCAAGCUGAUAGUGACAAAAAAGAUGCUAAACUGUAUGAAAAUAUGUUUGCGCAUAAAACCAAGAGAUUGAAGGUUGAGAAAGAAGAGGAUGAAGUGGUGAAAACGGAAAUGGACAAUGUUGGUGACAGUGCAGCUCCUUCUAAUGGUGGUUUAAUUAUUGAUUCUUGUUGAAUCUGGAUAGUUUAUUUACAAUAUAAUGACGCAUCUAACAAAAGAAAGUAUAUACAAUAUGUAGCAGAUGGUAGCUGCAUAUAAAAUUUCGGAUGAAAGUUUACAUGGUCACACAGAAGACAUUUAUACCAAUAUUGGUAUUUGAAAGAUUCCACUCUAGCCAAAAUAUGAGUCCUAGGAUAUAGAAUUUUGGCCAAUGAUGGGAGACUGAAAAUCCAUUGCGUCUUAGCUGUCUUUAAGAAUGUGCAAGACGGAUUGAGGUCCACCUUAACAUCGUGGACAACUACAAUCAUCUGUCAUAGUGCAUUUGUGUUGUUCUUCAUUUGUCAAAAGUUUAUAUCACUACCAUUAGUAAGAAAGCUAAAUGAAUAUUUAGAAGUUCUUUGAUGCAUCAUAGGUGAAAGCAUUUGUGAAAGUUCAGAGCUUUCCAAGUUUCUGCUGUAACUAAAUCUUUUGUUGUUUAUAUAAAAAAGAACUCUUUUAUGGUUUAA